AUGUCUUUAGGUAGCAAUUAUAUAUCAGAAACAGAAAAUGAUCCCGUUACAAGUAUCAGCUUUACUUCAGCUUUACUUUCACAACAGAGUAUCAUUCCAUCAUCUGUAGCAAACAUAACUCUUUCUGAUAUCUGUGAAGAUGGAAACUUACAAUCUUCUGCUGACAAUUUUUCAGCUACAAGUAAUACUCUAUUUGAUUCUUCAGAAUCACCUAACUUUUUCAUUAGUACUAAUCAGUUAAAUGUAAGUGAAGUAAAUACUGCACCUGCAGAAAAUGUAGAAACAAUUGUUUCAGUAGUCAACGAUUCGCAAUCAACAUUGAAUAGAAAUGAGACUGUUGCUUCAAAUAAUGCAUCUAAUAUAAAGUAUGUGCAAUUGAAAACAAAUGGAGUUCGUAGAUUUAAAUGUGAUUUUGGAGAAUGUAAUUAUACAACUUCAUAUAAAAAAGAUUUGGAAAGACAUUUUAGAAUUCAUACGGGUGAGAAACCUUAUAAAUGCCAACAAUGUGGGAAAAUGUUCAAUCGCUCUGAUAAGAUGAAACAACAUGAAAGAUGGCAUAAUGGUGACAAGCCAUAUCAGUGCAGAUUAUGUUCCUAUGCAACAGGAGAUAAGAGUAGUUUAAGAAAACAUAUAAGAAUUCAUACUGAUGAAAGACCUUUCAAAUGCCAGAUAUGUCCUUAUGCCAGUCGUAAUUCUAGCCAAUUAGUUGUCCACCUGCGUACUCAUACUGGUGAUGCACCAUAUCAAUGCAGUGUCUGUGGUACUAAAUUUAAGAUUAAUUCAGAUUUGAAACGUCAUAUGCGUAUACAUAGUGGAGAAAAACCAUUUGCUUGUCCUUUAUGUAAUUAUUGUUGUUCCAUAAAAGGUAAUCUUAAAACUCAUAUCCGCUUAAACCAUUCAGCUGAUAACCAACUUCAUUGUCCUUUGUGUGAUUUUGUGUCAUCAUCUCGUAAAAUGUUACUGGAACAUAAACGUUCUCAUGCUGCAAAACCACUUCAUUGUUCACAAUGUGUAUAUACUGCUACUUCUCCCUCUGCAUUGAAGAAUCAUCAGCGUGUACAUAGUGAAGAAAAACCAUUUAAGUGUGAUUACUGUGCCUAUUCAUCUCGACAACCUUGUAAUGUUAGAACUCAUCAGAAAAAAUAUCAUCCUGAAAAACUUGCAGAUAAUAAGAAAAAAAAUGGUGAUAAGGAAGGAGAGGAUUCCAGUGAUCAAUCAGUUACAGACAAAUCAAGAACUCGAAGAGUAACAUGUAAAAAGACAUUUCAUUGUACUUUAUGUGAUAGUUCAUUUGUUCGUGAAGAAUCUUUACGUGCUCAUUUACGUCAGCAUAGAGAGAAUACUUCAGAACCUGUAGCUCUUGCUAUGCUUGAACUUCAUCAGCCAGUUGAAUCUUCUCCAGCUAUACAGCAACAGUUAUUAGAAACAAAAAAUGAUAAUGCCAAUGAUUCUACCAUUAUUAAUUCUUCAUUUGAUGCAAGAUCUACAUCUAAUCAAUUUACAACUCCAGCAACAACUGCAGUAUUAGAUAAAAGUAAUGUACCUGUUUCCAUUUGUCUGACAGAUAAUAAUUUAGCAGUAUCUUCAUCAUCUAUUUCAGAGUCAUUAAACUCCGUAUCAAUUUCUUCAGCUUCAAAUUCAAUAUUAACUAAUGAAAAUUUAUUUACUCUAAAUAAUAUGGAAUCUACUCAGAAAGAUAACACUACUUUCUCUGAUAUUAAUAGAAAUGCAUUAAUUUCAACUAAUCAAUCUAAUAUGAAAGAUGUUCAAAUUAUUGGAAAUGUAACUAAUAACAUUUCAGAAGCAUCAACAGAAGGAUCUUCCAUUUCAUAUAAUAACAUUAGAUUAAAUAAUCAAUAUGAAUUAAGCACUAACAGUCAAACAGUAUCUAGGACAGAAGCAGCUGCAACAAUGCUGGCACGCAUGCAAAAUCAUAAAAAUUUGGCUCAAGAAGACAACAUUCACAAUGCAACUGUUGCUAAUAAUAAUCUCUCUAUUAAUACAUCAACAGCACCACCAUCACAAUCUCAAACAGUUUCAUGGGUUUCACCUACAGUAGUUGCUACAGCAAUUCAAAAUAAUACAACAACAAAUGUUGAUAGUAUCAAACCAACUCCAGUGGAAAGUACACAGUUAUUAUAUCAGUUUCAAAAUGGUCUUAGUCUCAUAACUAUUCCUUUUAUAUCUGUUAACAGACCAAAUGUAGUGUCUGAUCAAUCAUCAGGAGAAGUUGUAGCAGCACAAUCAUCCAGUACUUCUAAUUCAGCAUUGUCUAUUCAGCAGCCUGCAACAUUUCUCAACCCACAGCCAGCAGUUGUGCAAGUAUCAAAUAUACAGCCUAGCUUUCAAUACAUACUACAACCAUCAUCAGAUAAUCAAGGAAACUCAAUACGUUUAGAAUUAGCAGGUUUGCAAUUAAAUGGAAAUAACAAUAUUAUUACUUCAGAUUCAACUAACUCAACUUCUGUAGCACAAACUCUCCCAUCACCUGGAUUAUUAACAUUUGGAUCAACUGAAUCAACUUUAAUUUUGGGAAGCAACACAAAUUCAGAAAAUCAUAGGUUUUUCAGUAAUUUAAGCCUUCAAGUAGCCGGAGAUGGUUCUGUAGGAAAUACAGUGAUACCUGCAGUUAACUCUCAAACAGCCUAUCCACAAUUAGUGUUAGGCCCAGUGAACACUGGAAUUGAUAAUAUUACAAGGGGUGCUGUUCAAGAAUCUCAGUUAAAUAAUGUAAUAUAUCCUAUAAUAACACCUCAGCCUCAAUCAGAGUCAAACUCUAUUGUUAAUAAACCACUUGUUGUGACAGAUUCAAUGGUGUCAACAUCUUUGCCAUUGAAUCAAGUUAUUCCAUCAGCUAUGCAAAAUCAGGGUUCAUCUCAGUAACAAAUUUUAAUAUCGUAAAAAUAGUUAAUAAUAAUAUUUUGUUUUGAUUAUUUUAAAAUAUUUUAAAUAAGUUUAUACAAACUUUAUUGACACAGUUUUAAUUUAUUAUUAUUUAGAGAAUAACAAUGCCAGAAAAAUACAGAUUUGAAUACUUUUAUUUAUUUCUGAAAAUUGAAUGAUAAAAACAAUAAAAUAGUAUGAAAAAUAUAAUUUAGAAAAUUUUUAAGAAUUAGAAUUGCUAUUUACUGGCACUCUAUAUUAUGAUGAAUACUGUUUAGAAAAUGCACUAAUAUAUUAGUGCAAUUUUUAAAUAGUAUUUAUAUUCUUUUUUUACUUUCUUGAAACCAUGUUGGUGAUUUUUAUCAUUUUUGAACACUAUAUAGUUCAUACCCACAACACAAGGCAAUCUUCAUUGUAAAUUUAUUCAAUUUUUAGUUGAUACAUGUACCUGUUUUUUUUUUUUUUUGUACAUGUUUCAGGCUUGUGUAGACCCCUCCUCAGCCAACUUAAGAAAAAAUUUCAAAAAUGUUCGAAGACCCUCUAUAAUUUUCCUUAACUGAUGAUCGAUUUAAAAUUUUUCUAGUUAUUCAAUAAGGUAAAUAUUAGUUAUCUUGUUUAAUCAAAAAUUCUUUAAAGAUAUACAAAAAACGUACCUUCGCUUUUUUAUGCCACUCAUUCAAAAGAGCGUCGUUUAUCCGAAGGUCAGUUAUCCAAAACGUCGGUUAUACGAAGGAAUUCCAGUAUGACAAAUUUAAAUUUUCGCCAGUGCUGUGGCACUGUAAUCUUUGGCUAUGUCUUCGGCUACUCAAAUAUUUUACGUUUUUGAUAUUAAAUUAACU